GAAAGUGGUCGUCAAUGCGCAGCUAGCAUUGUGACUGCACGCGAGAGGAGCGCAGACUGGCAGUUCCGACAUCACGGGCCAUGGUUCAACGUUCAACAGCCUUCUUAUACUCGUACCACAGGCGUGCCCGUGUCCGCCUUCUACCGCGUCUUCGUCAUCCCUGGCGUGCAGCACUACGCCGGCGGUGUCAACGACGCGCGGUGGUAUAUCGCGGGCGCAGCCCAGGCGGUGGGCGACGCCUACAGUGUGCCGGAGUACAUGGACGCGGAGCACGACGUGGUCUACGCGAUCAUGAACUGGAUCGAGAACGGGAUUGCCCCGAGCGUAUAAUCGCGACCGAGUUCAUGGACGACGAACCUGAGAAGAGCGCCGCAGUCGAGCGCCCGCUGUGCUCGUACCCGACCGAGGCGAAGUACGUAUCUGGAGACCCGAACGUCACGACGAGCUUCGACUGCGCCGAUAUCUAGACCAGAUGUAAUAGACAUUUUGAUUUCAUUGUAUGGUAUUCCCACUCGUUGAGCGAUGUAGUGGCAUGCC